CUCAUUUACUCAUCAGUGAGAAGCCAUUAUCAAACUGCGGAGCGAAGGGCCACCACAGCAAAUUUUCUGCUGAAAAGAAAAAUGAAUUAUCCGUGAAAAUGCAAAGAUUGCUGGUUUUUCCGCGAUAAUACUUCGGAAAUAAUGGACACCGAUGGCAGUGUGAUUGUGAUUAAAGAGGAAGUAGAUGAUGAAGCCAAUAACGAGCAAACCUUCGAUGUCGACAAUGAGCCAUCGCCGCCGCCGAUGCUGCCGCUGCACGGCCUGCACUCUAUGUUCGAUACCAUCGACUAUCUUAUCGUGCAGAAUGGUUACCAAUGUGCGGCUUGCCCGGACCGGAGCCGAUCGUUUCCGGAUAUGCCGGCCUUGCGGAGACAUAUGGUGCGACACGUUACCGGGGAUGAGCUACGAUGCAACCACUGCAAUCGGGUCUUCGAAGAUAUUGAGUCGCUGCGGAAGCAUCUAUUGGAUGCGUUGAGUGCCGAAUAUGGGGGUGGUAAAUCUGACAGCGAGGAUGAUGGCGAAGAUGACGGUGCCGAUGAGGGCGAUGUGGAUUCGGUGAUUUAUAUCGUCAAGGAUGGACGUUUGACGUGUUCGGCUUGCGAUGCGGUGUUUGGGCCGGUGACUCGAUGGAACAAGGAAAAGUUCAAGCUGCAUGUCGGGGAGAAGCACUGGACACCGUCUUCGUACAAAUGCGAUGAAUGCGGGAAGCGAUUUAGCAACGUGGACAAACUGGAAAAACAUAUUCAAAGACACGCGGAAUCGAUGGAAGUGGGUUGGAUGGGAUCGCAACCAUCGACCUCUUCACUAGCUACUAUCAAAGCGGAAGAACAAGAUCCGAUUGACUCAACGUUUGACGCAUUGGACAUACCUCAAGAUCCGAUGGGACUGUUGUCGGAAAUGCCGGAGGUUCAAGUCAAAGUUGAGGUACAAGAUGAAGCAACCCACGACUACGCCAUUGAAGCAGCGUCAAAUUCUGAUGCCAGCUACCGAAAUUCGUCGUCCGAUUCUGAUAGCUCUGAAUCCGAUUGCGAUCGUGGUAAAAAACGCAAGAAGAAAAUCAAAGCCAAAAAGUCCCUUAUCAAAAAGCAUGCACUAUCUCGUGAAAUCGCUGGUGGAAAGGAGGGUUCCAUAAUUCUUGCAUGCCGUUUGUGUGAUGAAGGGUUUUUGCUGCAAGAACUUCUCGACCGACACAUGGUCCAGAAGCACGACGAUCGAGAGCGGCCCUUCAAGUGCUCAAAGUGCUCCAAAACCUAUUUGACCAAUGGGAACCUGCAAGAGCACUUUCGCAUGGCUCACUCGGGAAUCAAAUUCAGCUGUAAGGAGUGCGGUAUCAAAUUUGCGACCAAAAGUUCCUGGAAGCGACAUAUGCAGGGCCACACGGAGGAAGGCUUCUGCUGUGACAUCUGCAAACAGAAGUUCACUUCCCACACGGUGUUGACCAAGCAUAAAAGACGAGUACACGAAAAUUUGGCCAAGAACUUUAUAUGUCUGGACUGUGGCAGCACAUUUGAUGACAAUGCCUCACUCCGCGAGCACCGGGUAAGACACACGAACGAGCGCCGAUGGGAGUGCGAAACCUGUGGUAUGAAGUUCAAGCGGAACCACAAUCUGAUGAACCAUCGGAAAACGCAUCUUGCCGAGAACCAGCCCGUGCCAACUAUCGAGUGUCUGCAGUGCGAUGAAAAGUUUUUGACGAAAAUGGCCCUGGCUUCUCACCGCUACGUGCACGGAAAAUAUUGUUGUAAGAUUUGCAAACUGUCCUUUGAGACUCAAAGCGGCUUGAUGCAACAUCGAAAGGAUGAUCACAAACUUAUAAAACAUACCGGAACCGAGUGCCGGUCGUGCCAUGAAAAAUUCCAAAACUCUGAGGAGCUGCUCAAGCACCGCGAAGAGGCACAUGCCAAUGAUCCCAUGUUGGAAUGUGACAUUUGCAAAGCCAGAUACCAUUCGCCAGCAGCGCUGAGAAGUCACCAGCGAUAUCACGAUAGAGUUAUCCUUUACGACUGUCAAAACUGCCCGGAAUCGUUCAACUCUCAGUUGUUGUUGGAUCGUCAUCUGAAAGACGUUCACAAAGAUGAGAAAAAUUACAUUUGCGAUCUAUGCGGUAAAGGAUUUCCUACCAAGAAGCAAAUAGCAGCACAUUUGAUACGCCACCGCAAUCCAAGAAAAAAGCACUACUCCUGUCUGCCGGGGUGCUACAUUUGUGACUUCUGUGGUAAGGAGUUCCGGUUUCAGAUGACCAUGAAGCGCCACGUUUUCAACGCCCAUACGAACCAGAACACUUUCAAAUGUGAUCAAUGCGAUAAGGUGCUCGCAUCCUUGGAGGGCUUGAAACUCCACUUGCGGUCCCACUCGCAGGAUCAGUCCAUUAUGUGCGAGUUGUGUGGUCGUUCUUUCCCCCAGCCCUAUCGACUGAAGGUGCACAUGGAAAGCCACAUGCGUGCGGGCAAUGAGUACCGCUGUCACAUCUGCAACCGGUCUUGUCGAGAGCCAAAAAAGCUCGAAAAGCACAUGCAAUUGCACACCGGCGAAACGCAGUACAGCUGUACCUUAUGCCAGAGAUUUUUCGUUACCAAAAGACACCAGAAGCUGCAUAUGAUACGGGUUCACCAGACGGAAGUCAAAUGCCUCCGGUGUGAAAAAAUGUUUCCUUCGGCCAAGAAAAUGCGGCUGCACAUCAAAAUACACGACCACCCCGAUUACAUGGAGUGCCCAAAGUGCUUCACCUGUGUCAAAGACAAAAAGACGAUGGGCCGCCACAUGAAGCAGCACGAGAAUGAGGGCAUUCGGGUCCCUUGCCAGUACUGUCCGUUGACGUUUGUCACGAAGAAGACUCGGCGGAAACACGAACGUACUAUGCAUAGCGACGAAAUCGUUCAGGUGGUGGGCCACCAAAUGGUGGACGAAGAUGACGAAGGCGGGGAUAGGUCAGAGGAAGAAGCAGAUGCCGAUGAACUUAUUGCGGAGAUGGCUGUGCGUGAGGAUGAGAUUCACCACCCCUCGCGACGAAGCUGUCGUACAAUGAACAAAGUGCAUAACCUAUCAGGUAGAUUGUCGCUUAAAAUAAACACAAUACAGGGUGUCUAAAAAUGUCUACGAGCGAAUUAAGGUGA